CGUGCCACACCGGGGCGUGCUGGCCCUUUAAGACGGAUAUAGACAACAGCUCCCCGGCUUACAGCGUCGAUGUUGUCGCGCGUUACAUCUCAUCAGUAAUUUCACACUUCACAGCUGCUGGACAGAUCAUUUACCUCCAUCGUGAUUUCAAGAGGUUAAUGUUAAUUAGUACAAAGUGUGCGUUGACGGUUUCGGUCACAGAAGGAGGAGAAAUGCGACACCGAGCCCAGCCGGCAGGCUCUGUGGUGCGUACUUGAUUCGUGGACCUGCCGAUCUACAAUCAGAGCCAGUCAGGGAAAAAUUGGACAAUCCUGCACACCAGCUGGGCUGUGUGUGUGUUACCUGCACUGGAAGCAACAAACAUAAAUGAGCUGUCAUGGAAGACAAGCGUAAGAAACGCAGCCCAAAGGUGUCCCUCCCUCAGCCUCCUCCGCCACCCAUCAACCCCCGCAAGCUCUCUGUCCUUCCUGCCAGCAAAAGUGCCACCUUCUCCCUCGGCCUGCCGCAGCCUCCCUCCCCCAAGAACAGGAGCAAGUUUAAGAGAUCCAUAGGAGCGCCGGGACAGCCAAAAGAGGCGUUCACGCCUGUGGUAGCCCCGCCAAAGACAACACGACCACACAGGGAGAAACCCAAGGCUCCGCAGCCAGCAGGGCCCAGUAAAGUGGUCCAGUCUCCCCCCCUGCAGCACUCCUUCCUUACAGAUGUCUCGGAUGUGAGAGAGAUGGAAGGAGGCCUCCUGAACCUCCUCAAUGACUUCCACUCAGGCAAAUUACAGGCGUUCGGAAAAGUUUGCUCCUUUGAGCAGCUGGAACAUGUGCGGGAGAUGCAGGAGAAGCUGGCGCGGCUGCACUUCAGCCUCGACAGCCACGUGGAGGAGCUUUCCGAGGAUCAGAGGAAGGGUGCUUCCGAUCUCAACCUGGAGCACCUGCUGUGCAACCUGGAGGAGCUCAGCACCUCAAUACAAAAGCUCCACUUGGCCGAGAAUCAGGACCUGCCCAAGACAUCUGGUCCCUGACAGAGCCAGGUGCCCAGAACGUUGACGACGCGCUGAUCUUUUCUGAACAUCACAAAAAGAUAAAAAUAUUGAAAAGAGCAGGUUACCAUGGCAUUAAACCAGUUGCCUUAGAAACGGGAGCAGGAAGGUCCAAAGGAGAGGGAGGAGGCCAUUUUUCCACUCAGUCAGUGGAGCUGAGAGGACAUUCCAAUGACUGGAUGCAGCAGAGCAUUAAAUUAGAGCGCAACCAAAAAAAAAAAAAAAA